GAAGGCGCGAAGCACGGCAUCAUCGAUCGACAUGGGCAACAGCCUGCGGUGCUGCCUGGCGUGCGUGCUCCCCUGCGGCGCGCUGGACCUGGUCCGGAUCGUGCACCUCAGCGGUCGCGUCGACGAGUACGGCCGCGCCGUGUCGGCCGGGGAGGUGCUCGCCGCGCACCCCAACCACGUGCUCAGCAGGCCGUGCUCGUCGCAGCAGGGGGUGGUGCGCCGGAUCAUCAUCGUGUCGCCGGAGUCCGAGCUGGAGCGCGGGGAGAUCUACUUCCUCAUCCCGGCAGCCUCCGUGCCCGACGGGAAGAAGACUGGCGCUGGCGCGCCGGGCCGGCACGUUCGCAGCAAGUCGGAAGGCAGCGUCGUGGCCGGCGAUCGGCAGCUGGGGCUGUGUGGCGCGUCGCCGGAGAGGACAACGAAGAGGACGGCGGCGCAGCAGCACCGGAGGCGCAUGAGCACCGGCAGCCACGCCUCGCCGUGGCAGCCGCACCUUGCGUGCAUCGCCGAGGACCUCUGACUUGAGGAGUUCGCGCGCAUGGUGUGAUAGAUCGAUGCUGUGAUUCCCUUUUCCUUUCUCAUAUACUCUGCGUGGUAAAUACGUUCGUUUUCGUACAUGUGUUCCCUUUGGUUGCUUGUUUUUCUCGUUGAAAGUACAUUCGAGUGUCGCGUGCCGAUCUUCUUGUGUGAAUUUUUGAACAUCUUUUUUAACUUAUUUCCCGUUUGGCUGAAGACUGAAGAGUGUUCCUGCGUUUUUCUCAUCUAGGAACUAGAAAAGAGAGAGAGACAUUGACAAAGAGGACAAAUUUGUAUCAAAUUGAAUUUGAACCUUGUACAUAAAGCUGUAUAUUGUAUCAAUGUGUCAUUUUCUUGUGUCCCUUUUCUUUUGUAAAAACUAGCAAG